CCCUCCUCUUCCUCUUUGGGAUUGUCCCUGCCACACAUGUAUCUACACACACACACACACACACACACACACACCUCCAGGAAGAAAAAAAAGACAAGUGGGGAUUGAAGAAUUCAAACCCUCCCUCCAGUCCUGAGAGGAAAGGGCUGUCUGAGGUCCGCAGGGGGUGGAGGGUGUGUGUGUGUGUGUGUGUGUGUGUGUGUGUGUGUGUGUACACACGCCCUCCCUGGCGUGCCUUUUCCGGAGCACUGGAAAGCGGUCCACAGUGGACCACCUCGAGGGCCGCCGCAGCGCGGCAGUGCCGCGUGCCCCCUACUCCCGAGCCCCCUCCGCUCGUGUCUCUGCCCCUGUCCCUAUUUGCAGCCUAAACUCCUGUAAUACUGCCACAUUUCUUAAUGUUUUAGAGGGGGAGGCGGAGUGGAGGGAGGCGGAGAGAGGAGGGGGGGAGGGAGCCGAAAUAAAGGUGGUUUCCUUUUUUGGCAGCAGGUUUUGCUUUUGUUGAGCAUGAAAUCUCUGCUCCCUUAAAAAUUAUCCUCGGAAGAGGGCAUCUCCCCUCUUCUUUUCCAGUUUUUGAGCCACUGCUUCUCAGAGCGUGGGGGAAAGGGAAAGUUGUAAACAAAUUGCCACCUUAAAUCCGCCGUGCGGGUCGGCGGAGCUGCCGGGUUCAUUGUGUUUACGAGGCUCGCUGAAAUGUGUGGAAUCCGGGGAAGGCGCUCACCCAGACGGGGGCCCGCCGGGGCCGCGGCCAGCGCCGGGGAAACGCCGCCGCCGGGAGCAGCCAGCGCCCAGCCAGGACCCCCGCUUGCGUCGGCCUGGGCCCUUCCCCUGUGUACUCGGCUGCUUUUUACGUUUAACCAGAAAGGAAGGGAAAGGAGGGAAAGAUCCAUGUGGCUGCCCUCUUCCGAUCACAAAUAUUGUCGGGAAAGCUACUGGCCGGAAAGCGCCGCUGUGGCUGAGAGCGAAGUUUCAGAGACUCUUAUUUAAACUGGGUUGUUACAUUCAAAAAAACUGCGGCAAGUUCUUGGUUGUAGGCCUCCUCAUAUUUGGGGCCUUCGCUGUGGGAUUAAAGGCAGCUAAUCUCGAGACCAACGUGGAGGAGCUGUGGGUGGAAGUUGGUGGACGAGUAAGUCGUGAAUUAAAUUAUACCCGCCAGAAGAUUGGAGAAGAGGCUAUGUUUAAUCCUCAACUCAUGAUUCAGACCCCCAAGGAAGAAGGUGCUAACGUCCUGACCACAGAAGCUCUCCGACAGCACCUGGACUCGGCGCUCCAGGCCAGCCGGGUGCAUGUAUAUAUGUAUAACAGGCAGUGGAAAUUGGAACAUUUGUGUUAUAAAUCUGGAGAACUUAUCACAGAAACAGGUUACAUGGAUCAGAUAAUCGAAUAUCUUUACCCUUGUUUAAUUAUUACACCUUUGGACUGCUUCUGGGAAGGGGCGAAGUUACAGUCUGGGACAGCCUACCUACUAGGUAAGCCUCCUUUGCAGUGGACAAACUUUGACCCUUUGGAAUUCCUUGAAGAGUUAAAGAAAAUAAACUAUCAAGUGGACAGCUGGGAGGAAAUGCUGAAUAAGGCUGAGGUUGGUCAUGGUUACAUGGACCGGCCCUGCCUCAAUCCGGCUGAUCCAGACUGCCCUGCCACAGCCCCCAACAAAAAUACAACCAAACCUCUUGAUAUGGCCCUUGUUUUGAACGGUGGAUGUCAUGGAUUAUCCAGAAAGUAUAUGCACUGGCAGGAGGAACUCAUCGUGGGUGGCACAGUCAAGAACAGUACUGGAAAGCUUGUCAGCGCCCACGCCUUGCAGACCAUGUUCCAGUUAAUGACCCCCAAGCAGAUGUACGAACACUUCAAGGGGUAUGAGUACGUCUCGCACAUCAGCUGGAACGAGGACAAGGCGGCCGCCAUCCUGGAGGCUUGGCAGAGGACAUACGUGGAGGUGGUUCAUCAAAGUGUCGCUCAGAACUCCACUCAGAAGGUGCUCUCCUUUACCACAACGACCCUGGACGACAUCCUCAAGUCCUUCUCUGAUGUCAGCGUCAUCCGAGUGGCCAGUGGCUACUUACUGAUGCUUGCCUAUGCCUGUUUAACCAUGCUGCGCUGGGACUGCUCCAAGUCCCAGGGUGCCGUGGGGCUGGCUGGCGUCCUGUUGGUUGCACUGUCAGUGGCUGCAGGAUUGGGCCUGUGCUCAUUGAUCGGGAUCUCCUUUAAUGCUGCAACAACUCAGGUUUUGCCAUUUCUCGCUCUUGGUGUUGGCGUGGAUGAUGUUUUCCUUCUGGCGCAUGCAUUUAGUGAAACAGGACAGAAUAAAAGAAUCCCUUUUGAGGACAGGACUGGAGAAUGCCUCAAGCGCACCGGAGCCAGCGUGGCCCUCACAUCCAUCAGCAAUGUCACAGCCUUCUUUAUGGCCGCAUUAAUCCCCAUCCCUGCUCUGCGGGCCUUCUCCCUCCAGGCGGCUGUAGUUGUGGUGUUCAAUUUUGCUAUGGUUCUGCUAAUUUUCCCUGCAAUUCUCAGCAUGGAUUUGUAUCGACGAGAGGACAGGAGAUUGGAUAUUUUCUGCUGUUUUACGAGCCCCUGUGUCAGCAGAGUGAUUCAGGUCGAACCCCAGGCCUACACAGAGACGCACGAUAACACCCGCUACAGCCCCCCGCCCCCCUACAGCAGCCACAGCUUCGCCCACGAAACCCAGAUCACCAUGCAGUCUACAGUGCAGCUUCGCACGGAGUACGAUCCCCACACACACGUGUACUAUACCACUGCCGAGCCGCGCUCCGAGAUCUCUGUGCAGCCUGUCACCCUGGCCCAGGACACCCUCAGCUGCCAGAGCCCCGAGAGCACCAGCUCCACGAGGGACCUGCUGUCCCAGUUCUCAGACUCCAGCCUCCACUGCCUCGAGCCCCCCUGCACCAAGUGGACGCUCUCCUCUUUUGCUGAGAAGCACUAUGCGCCUUUCCUCUUGAAACCCAAAGCCAAGGUCGUGGUGAUCUUCCUCUUCCUGGGCCUGCUGGGGGUCAGCCUGUAUGGGACCACCCGAGUGCGUGAUGGACUGGACCUUACAGACAUCGUGCCUCGGGAAACGAGAGAAUACGACUUCAUUGCUGCACAGUUCAAGUACUUCUCUUUCUACAACAUGUAUAUCGUCACUCAGAAAGCAGACUACCCCAACAUCCAGCACUUACUUUAUGACCUUCACAAGAGCUUCAGUAACGUGAAGUAUGUCAUGUUGGAAGAAAAUAAACAGCUUCCCAAAAUGUGGCUGCACUACUUCAGAGACUGGCUCCAAGGACUUCAGGAUGCGUUUGACAGUGACUGGGAAACUGGGAAAAUCAUGCCAAACAAUUAUAAAAAUGGAUCAGAUGAUGGGGUCCUUGCCUACAAACUCCUGGUGCAAACUGGCAGCCGCGAUAAACCCAUCGACAUCAGUCAGCUGACGAAGCGACGUCUGGUGGAUGCCGACGGCAUCAUUAACCCGAGUGCUUUCUACAUCUACCUGACUGCUUGGGUCAGCAACGACCCCGUGGCGUACGCCGCCUCCCAAGCCAACAUCCGGCCUCACCGUCCCGAGUGGGUCCACGACAAAGCCGACUACAUGCCCGAAACCAGGCUGAGAAUCCCAGCAGCAGAGCCCAUCGAAUACGCCCAGUUCCCCUUCUACCUCAACGGCCUGCGGGACACCUCGGACUUCGUGGAAGCCAUUGAAAAAGUCAGGACCAUCUGCAACAACUACACGAGCCUGGGGCUCUCCAGCUACCCCAACGGCUACCCCUUCCUCUUCUGGGAGCAGUACAUCGGCCUCCGCCACUGGCUCCUGCUGUCCAUCAGCGUAGUGCUGGCCUGCACGUUCCUCGUGUGUGCUGUCUUCCUCCUGAACCCCUGGACGGCCGGGAUCAUUGUGACCGUCUUGGCUUUGAUGACAGUCGAGCUCUUCGGCAUGAUGGGCCUCAUCGGAAUCAAGCUGAGCGCCGUGCCCGUGGUCAUCUUGAUCGCUUCCGUCGGCAUCGGAGUGGAGUUCACCGUUCACGUUGCUCUGGCCUUUCUGACAGCCAUUGGCGAUAAGAACCGCAGAGCCGUGCUGGCCCUGGAGCACAUGUUUGCGCCCGUUCUGGACGGUGCUGUCUCCACUUUGCUGGGAGUGCUGAUGCUUGCUGGAUCUGAGUUUGAUUUCAUUGUCAGGUAUUUCUUUGCUGUCCUGGCGAUCCUCACAAUCCUGGGGGUUCUCAAUGGACUGGUUCUGCUGCCCGUCCUUUUGUCCUUCUUCGGACCGUAUCCUGAGGUGUCUCCAGCCAACGGGCUGAACCGGCUGCCCACCCCUUCCCCAGAGCCACCCCCCAGCGUGGUCCGGUUUGCUGUGCCCCCGAGUCAUGCCAACAACGGGUCUGAUUCCUCUGACUCGGAGUACAGUUCUCAGACGACAGUGUCCGGCAUCAGCGAAGAGCUUCGGGCCUACGAGGCCCAGCAGGGCACUGGGGGCCCUGCCCACCAAGUGAUCGUGGAAGCUACAGAAAACCCUGUCUUUGCCCGCUCCACCGUGGUCCAUCCUGAACCGAGACAUCACCCACCCCCGAACCCUCGGCAGCAGCCUCACCGGGACUCAGGGUCCCUGCCACCCGGACGACCAGGCCAGCAGCCACGAAGAGACCCCUCCAGGGAAGGCUCGAGGCCGCCCCCCUACAGACCGCGCAGAGACGCUUUCGAAAUUUCUACUGAAGGGCAUUCGGGCCCUAGCCACAGGGACCGCGCGGGCCCCCGCGGGGCCCGUUCCCACAACCCUCGGCACUCAGCGUUCACAACCACGGGCGGCUCUGCCCCCGGCUACUGCCAGCCCAUCACCACCGUGACGGCCUCGGCCUCCGUGACCGUCGCUGUGCACCCCCCGCCCGCCCCCGGGUCCAGUCGGAACCCCCGCGGGGGGCUCUGCCCAGGCUACGAGGGCUACCCCGAGACUGACCCCGGGCUGUUUGAGGACCCCCAUGUGCCUUUUAAUGUCCGGUGCGAGAGGAGGGAUUCCAAGGUGGAAGUCAUUGAGCUGCAGGACGUGGAGUGUGAGGAGAGGCCCCGGGGCAGUGGCUCCAACUAAGGGUGAGUCAAAUCGGAAGCAAAGAGGCCAAAGAUUGGAAGCCCCUCCCCCCCCCCUCCCCGAACUGCUUGAAGAGAACUGCCCGGAGUUAGAAACAUGUGCUGUGCCAGGAGAGCAGUUCACUGUUACUGUAACCGAUUGUAUUAUUUUGUGAAAUAUUUCUAUACAUAUUUAAGAGGUGUAAACAUAUGUAAUAUACGAAGGAACGGAUGUAAAGUAGUGUCAUCUGGGGUUUCUCCACUCCUGCCUCCAGAGUAGGCAGUGGGGAGGCCGCAGCGGGGGGGGCCCCCUCCCUGUUUGUACAUUGGUCUCUGGGCCACAACCCACCUUAACGUCGUCUUAAAAUUUCAGCAUAUGUUGCUGCUGCUUAAAUAUUGUAUAAUUUACCUGUAUAAUUCUAUGCAAAUAUUGCUUAUGUAAUAGGAUUAUUUUGUAAAGGUUUCUGUUUAAAAUAUUUUAAAUUUGCAUAUCACAACCCUGUGGUAGUAUGAAAUGUUACUGUUAACUUUCCAACACGCUAUGCGUGAUAAUUUUGUUGUUGUUUAAUGAGCAGAUAUGAAGAAAAGCACGUUAACCCCGGUUGGCUUCUCUAGGUGUAGUUGGGUGCGAGUCUCCUGUUGGGCUGUGCAUGUGAACACGUGUGUGAUUUCCCAGUGUACUGUACUGUGAUUCCCGCCCCCCCCCCAACUCCUCUGUUUUGUUGCUUUUUACUGUCCGUAACCCUUAGUGGGCUCUGCCUUAGUCCGGCCAGAAGAGUCAGGAUGUCUCCCGUGCUAGUGCUAGUGGAGGGCUAGCCCUCCACAUGGCCUGAUCCUUUUGCCAGACUCACUUCAAGUUCAGGGCCUCUCUUAAGAUCAUCGGCUGCCACCCAGACCCCCCACCUGGUGCCUCAGAGGAGAUAAGUUCCUUCGCACGGACCAUUGUGGUGGAUGCUGGAACCUCAGGGUAGAGAGCUCGCAUCAUCGCUUCAUCUUCAUUGGUGUUAUACAGCCAGAGCGCAUGCCCAGUGCUCUAGCAUGAGGAGCACCAGCUGGGCCAUAAGCAGAUCCUGUAAAGUAUGCAGCCUUCAUUGUACCUCUCUGUCACCAGCACACGCACACACGCACACACACACCACCACCACCACCACCCCCCAAAUCUGAGUGGAUUGUAAGGCCUUGGGAGACAACAGUCUCUCAAUUCUGUGUCCACAGAAAACCACGAAGUGAAGUUUUGAGUCCUUAUCAUCCAAACUCCCUCGCUUGGUAAAUUGCAUAGGUGGUCAGGGCUUUCUGAAUUGGGUUUGCAUCCUCUUUAAAAGUAAAUAGCAUCCAUUGAGGUGAUACGGAGUUAGAAAUUCUAUAGGAUAUGAGCUUCUGAAGGUUCAUUCUCCGUGUGUGUUACUGUCUGCAGUCUGGGUGCACACUUCCUGGGUAACUCAUGUCCCCUCCUCACACCUUUCACCAGCGUCCUUUCAACAUGACAUUUAUUCACCAGCAGCAAGAUGCUAAUUGCAUACCCCCCCCCAACUGAAGAAUGCAUAUGGAGGCAGGUCCCUCAAACAGGCAUUAUUUUUAAAAGAUUUGCAUCCAUAUGGAUUCUGUCUUCAUCCUCUGAGGUUCUGUCUUCCUAGGCUCUUAGCCAGAGACCAGCAGAUGUCGGGGAAGCGCUCACUGCCCAGACUAAGCUACUGUAGGAGUGCACACAUGGCAGCUCCCACGAUGCCUCCUCUUGUUUUACCUGGAAGAUCUUCAUCAAAAGGCAUCACCCCCACCCCACCCCACCCCCGUAGUACCAGACGUGGAGUGACCUCAGACCCUCAAACUCACCACAAGACUCUGAGAUGCUCAUUGGAAGCCACCUGUGGCUGCCAGGUGUGUGUGUGAAUAUGCCAGGGCCCCUGAUGGCCCCACUGCUACUGUUUGGUGCCUCUGUCAGUCACACUCCGUCUACCUAACACUCAGCUCUGCUCAGAAAACUCAUAUCCUGCGUUCAGGAGAGAGACGAUACAACAUUGGGAGGUCUGCUUCCCUCUGGCUUGAGGCGCGCCCUCUCUCCUUUCCUGAGCCCAGCUUGCGUGUUGCGUGACUGCUCGUCCAGCCCCUGCUUUCUGCAAACAGCGUAGAACUUUCUCCGAUAGUCACAUUGGCCAAGGGAGACCUCGGGGGCUGGCAGGCAACCAGAAUUUCUCUCUCCUCUCUCUUUUUAAAAUAGUUUUAUUUUGUCUGUCUUGUUUGUUCAUUUGGAUGUUUUAAGUUUUUUUAAAAAAAAAAUCUUUCUGAUAUUUAUAAUUUUGUAUCAUAAGAAUGUUUUCCUACAGUAUUUGUCAUGCCAGUUUAUAACAGAAAAAUGCAGGGAUUUUAUUUCUAUUGGAAACACUAUUUCAGCUGUUUUACUUUUGAACAGAAUUUUUAUUUGUAUAGAGUGCUUACUAAUGUUAAAUAGUUCAGAGUAUAUAACAUUUUCAUUAAGGACUCAUGGUAGGUUUUAGUGUAAGGAGUUUAAAGGAAAUACUCAAACUGGGUCUCAUCGUCUGCCCGUUUGGGCAGAGAUGGGUUUGUGUCAUUUCAAUUACAAAGAUAAAAGUAUGCCAUAUAAUUUAUUUAUAUGAAAAUUUAUUUUUGUAGUGUACAUAGUAGUCAUCAAGUCUUUUGACAGAAGUAUAUUUUUAAAGAAUUUAUAUGUGAUGAAUCCAUAAUGUCUGCAACUUUGCUGAGACAUGAGUGGGGCACACUUUUCAUUGUAAAGUACAGCAAGGAAAAGAAAAUGGUCACCAGUGUUAAGAGAGUGAGAUUGAGUGAAUACCCAUGCAAUUGUGAAAUGCGUCUUAGUUGCCAUUUGUGACCUAGCGCGGUUCUCAUUUUAAACCUCUGAAGGCAAAAAUGUACAAACUCUCUAAAUAUUAAUGUUCAAACACUGAUAGAAAUUCUAACAUGAAUAAAAAAUAAUAUAACUUGUUGGUUA